AUGCAGUCAAUUGAUUUAGUAAUAUUAUUGUUUAAUAUAUUUAGUGUGGUUUCAUGUUUACCGGCAGUCCAAAGUGGAUCAGAAACGAAACCAGAGUUCAAAGACGAAAAACGUUAUCCAAAUGGGACAGUUAUUGGGACGUACACUUAUAUUGAUAAAGAAGGAACGCCUGUCCAUGUCCAAUAUUAUGCAGACAACAAUAGUUACGGGGUCGAAUUAAAAAGUGUGAAAGUGUAUAAUGAAGCUGAACCGAAAGAUUUCGAUCUGUUUGCGAAAACAAUGGAAACUCCUCUUAAAGUUGCUUCGGAUCUUUUAAAGUACGACUUUGACAGAGUCCAUGACGUGUAUCGAUCAAAACAAAAUGAAAUUGAUAAGAUCGAUAAUAAUUUAAAGUCCGAUAAAAAAAAAGCCGAUUAUGAAGUUUUGUAUAAUAAUGGAUACAAUUCGUUAAAAAAUAAUGCUAAAAAUAAAAUAAAAAUUUAUUCUGGAAAAGAAAAAAGGAAAACUCGAAAUGUUCGAGAUGAUUAUGACAAAUCACUUUUUUGUUAUAAAUGA